AUGGUGGUGGAGGAGCAGCUGCGCGUGGUGCGCUGCGGGGGCAGCUCGCUGAGCCGGAGCCGCGCCGUUUUCUCCGCCGACGGCAGAUACCUUUUGUGUGCUUCAGGCGACUACAUAAAAGUCUACAGUACCGCUACGGAAGAAUGUCUGCAUGUCUUACAGGGUCACAGCAACCUUGUGACUGGAGUCCAGUUGAAUCCCCAAAAUCAUCUCCAGCUCUACUCUUGGUCUCUAGAUGGCACCAUAAAGCUUUGGGAUUUUCUGGAUGGAAUUCUCAUUAAGACAUUUGUGGUUGGGCACAAACUCUUUGCAUUCUAUGCGGUUGCAAGUUUUGAGGGUUCAGCGUUUGUUAUCGUUCCAAAGGACAAUGAUGAACGACUCGGGUCAUUUCAGCUCGUUUCAGUGAAACUGCCGAAGACACCUGGUCAGGAAAUAAAUGCUGACGAGCUGGAAUUGGUUUUGGAGGGCAUCAGCCAGUCUCCCAAUUGCACUGCCUUUGGAAGAGAAGGUGAAUACGUGGCAUCCGUCUGGGGCCUCCACCUCUUUGUUUAUUUCUUCAAGAGGAAAAGGAUCCACAGCUUUCCUCUGAGCGCAAAAUGCAGCAAAGGAGCCAACAACUUCUUCACAUGCGUGGCCUGCCACCCGAAGGAAGACUGCAUAGCCAGCGGACACAAAGACGGCAAGAUUCGGCUGUGGAGAAACUUCCAUCACAAGAGAGAGUACACGUUCUCCACACUACACUGGCAUCAUGACGAAGUGAUGGAUCUCGCUUUCUCUGUAGAAGGAACCAGCCUUCUGAGCGGUGGGGUUGAAUCAGUACUCGUCCAGUGGCGAGACGGAUCGGACUCGAAGAAGGAGUUUUUGCCUCGUUUGGGAGCCACUAUCCAGAAUAUUUCUGCCUCGCCCGACGGAACAUUCUAUUGUACCUCGCAUUCAGAUAACAAAAUAACCAUCAUACACAGCAGCUUGAGAGUCUCCACAAUAAUUCAAGGAUUAAUCAAAGGCAGUGACGUCAAGACGGGCUUGAUGGUGGACCCCAGAACAAAUGCUUUGGUUCUGAACGGCAAACCGGGUCAUCUGCAGUUCUAUUCCCUGCAAAAUGACAAGCAGCUGUACAGCCUGGAUAUCGUGCAGCAGGAGUACAUUCACCAGUAUGGCCUGAACCAGGUCGAGCUGGUGAAGGCAGCGUUCGAUUCCGCCGGCAGCUGGCUGGCCACCGUGGAACAGCGCGAGGAGAAGGGUGGCGAACUUGAGGCACAGAUGAAGCUCUGGGCUUACGAUGAGCAGAAGCAAAGCUUUACGCUGAACACCCGAAUAAAUACACCGCACGAGGAUCAUGUCACAGCGUUGUGCUUCCGUGGCACAGAGGAACCCGACAGCACCCCCUCGACCGUUGUAACGGCCGGCAAUGAUGGAAGGUUUAAAGUCUGGGUACUGCUGGCUGAAAACGACGAGGAAAGCCGGAGCACCAGCUGGACCUGUGAUUUCGUAGGAAGCUAUCACAACUACCAGGCAACAAAUUGCUGCUUCUCCGAGGACGGCUCUUUGCUCGCAGUUAGCUUCGAAGCAAUAGUCACCGUGUGGGACUCCGAAACGUGGGAUCUGAAAUCCACUUUUUGCCACCCUCCAGGAACAAUACGAAACCUCUGCUUCGGGAAGCUAAGUUGCUCCAAAUACCUGCUCGGAACAACCAAUAAUGGGUUUUUGUGUUGCUGGAACCUGCUGAGCUGUUCACUGGAAUGGAGCGCCCAGUUAAACGUCCUGGUUCUGCAACCGGACAGCCUGUCCGAAAACAUCGCUGCGAUUUCAUGCCUCUCGGAAUACUCGGACCUGUUCGUGUUUAAACCAAGCGAGCCACGCCCUUUGUAUAUCCGGAAACAACUCUGUCGAGGCCGGGUUCAGUGGGCGGUCUUUGUGCCGAGAGAUGCGCCCGAGCGUAUUACCUCAGAAAAAUAUCAGUGGCUCAGCCUUUCGCAGUUCUACUUUCUGACUGAAACGCAGGAAUUGAUGACCUUUAGCACAAAGACCCCAGAAGAGAGGCUGACUCCUUCCAGCAGGCAGCUGGCCGUGGAGGAGAGCCUCCCCGUGACUCCAUUUUACCUUCUUCUGGGGAAGCACCAGCAACAGACGAAAGAGGCCGCCGAAGGUGGGAGGGCCCCUGCCCCAAAGACCUUGGCGCAAGAUUCGCCUGCCGUCAAAGAACUGCUUCACACCCCAGCCCACGUCUUGCCAUCCGCUUCUUACCUGUGCCCUAUUUUUAUCAACUCGCUGCUGGUGUCCAAAGCAAAUGACAGCAAUGCCGAUGAACUUCCUGGUGAAGUGGAAAUGGAAAGCGACAGCGGAGAGAAUGAAUCUGAAGAGGAGGGGGCAGUUAGUGACAUUCACGGCCAGGCGCCAGAGGCAGCGGAGAGUCUGGGGGACAUUGCCCCAAAGUUGUCCAAAGCUCAGGAAAAAGAGCUCCGUAAAUUAAGAAAACUGGACUUCAGCUGGGUAUCAGCCCUCUAAACAGACAACAUUUCUAGG